AUGGAGAAAAUAUGUGUAGCAGUGAGAGUAAGGCCGCCGGUGAAAUCAGAAGAUGAUUCUACUACAAAUGGUAGCCAUUGGAAGGUUGAAGAGAAUCGUAUUUCGCUGCAUAGGUCUCUAGCCGGCACCCCUCUUCCUCCUGCUCUUUCUUAUACUUUCGAUCAUGUUUUCGACCAAGAUUGCUCGAAUUCUAGCGUUUAUGAUCUCCUCACCAAGGACAUUAUACAUGCCGUCGUUGAUGGAUUCAAUGGGACUGCAUUUGCAUAUGGACAAACAAGCAGUGGAAAAACGUUUACAAUGAACGGGUCUGAGAAUGAUCCAGGAAUUAUUCACCGGGCUAUCAAAGAUAUUUUUGCCAAGACAACCAUGUCAACUGAUAGGGAGUUUCUCAUUCGAGUCUCGUACAUGGAGAUAUAUAAUGAAGAAAUCAAUGAUCUUUUUGCUGUUGAGAACCAGAAACUGCAGAUUCAUGAGAGUUUGGAGCAUGGAGUAUUUGUUGCAGGCCUAAGGGAGGAGAUUGUUAACAGUGCCGAGCAAGUACUAAAGCUCCUUGACAUGGGGGAAGUUAACAGGCACUUCGGAGAGACUAAUAUGAAUGUCCGAAGUAGUAGAUCCCACACCAUCUUUCGGAUGGUGAUUGAGAGCAAGGGGAAAGAUGCUAGUUCUAAUGAUGAUUCAACUUUGGAUGAUGCUAUUCGUGUUUCUGUCCUGAAUUUGGUAGACUUAGCUGGGUCUGAACGAAUUGCCAAAACUGGAGCUGGUGGAGUUCGAUUGAAGGAAGGAAAACACAUAAAUAAGAGUUUAAUGAUUCUUGGCAAUGUCAUCAAUAAAUUGAGUGAUGGUGCAAGGCAAAGGGGACAUAUCCCUUAUCGUGACAGCAAGCUCACCCGUAUCCUUCAACCUGCACUUGGUGGCAAUGCGAAAACAUCAAUAAUUUGUACUGUGGCACCGGAGGAGGUUCAUAUAGAGGAAACAAAGGGAACCCUUCAAUUUGCCAGUAGAGCUAAACGUAUUACCAACUGUGUUCAAGUAAAUGAGAUUCUGACAGAUGCCGCGUUAUUGAAGAGACAAAAAAUUGAGAUAGAGGAAUUACGCAAGAAACUUGAGGGAUCUCAUGCGGGGGUGUUGGAGCAAGAGAUCUUGAAAUUGAGAAAUGACAUGCUCAAGUAUGAGCUAGAGCGUGAAAAGCUUGCUAUGGAAUUAGAGGAGGAGAGAAAAUCCAACAGACAACAAGACCAAUGCUCGAGGGAACAAAGUAAUAGAACUGGCAGUGCAAACACUUCAUUCACUCUUUCUGACUCUGAUAGAGUUUCUGCCCAAGGUAGCGAAUCCUUGAGACAAUAUCUCAAAGAAGAAACCAGUGACACUUGCAGCACACAGCAGGGAGAUGCUUUUAGUACCCCUACUUUUAAACCGAUUCCCAAUGCAUUUGUUGCUAAACGAUCUUAUCAUUCUAGAACACCUCAAUUUAGCCCCCUUCCAGAUGAAUUUGGUGAUGUUGCUGAUGAAGAUAUGUGGUUCAAAAUGAACAAUGGCUUCGUAGCUGACCUUGAUUCAAUUGGUACGACUCCAGCAAGAGAAGUUUCAUCCAUUCCAGCAAUUGAUGAAAUUCCAGAUUCCUCAAUUGACAAUUACCGAGAAGUCCAGAAUCUUCGAAGGCAACUACAGCAAGCUAUUGAUGAAAAAAAUGGAUUCGAGAAACAGCAUAAAGAACAACUAGCGUUGAACAACCAGUUGAUGGAAGAGAUAUCUAAACUUAAAAAUGAAGCUCGGCUGGUCCAAGAAAUUCCUCAGGAAUUGAGCGAGUCUUUGGCAAAUUGCAAAGCCGUAAGCGAGGACAUAUUCUCUACUUUUCAGAGUUUUGUGGCCGAUGAGAAAUCCCCGACUGCAAAGUUGCUCUCUAGCACAAGUGAAAUCGUCACGUUUCUUAUGUCAACUUUUGAGACACAUGUUUCUAUGGCCAUGGAUGGGUUUAGAAGUACAAGCCAUAAAAAAUCUCCAAAUUCUAUAGAAGAAGAUGAUAUGGGAAGUUUGCAACACUGCAACAAAUAUAAGGAGUGCACUUUGGGACAACGAAUCGCUUCUUGGAAGGCAGAAGUUAGGGGUGAGAUCGAAUUGAUGAAGGAAAGAUAUGAGAGCCUGGAGCAAGAGUUGGAUACGAAUAACCACAUUCUUGAAGCAUGUAAAGAAAGAAUUCAUGGUCUCGAAAGAGAGCGUCAACUAUUAUCAGAAGAAAGAGACGAUCUACUCACAGAUUCGUCAACAAGAGUUGCAUUAUUAACACAGCAAAACGAAAAGAUUUUGCAGGAUAUGAGGAGUGAAAUUCGAAAGAGGAAAGAUCUUGAGGAAGAGAUCAAACAGUUUAGCAUUGCGUUUGCUUCUCGCCAGAGAUCACUCGUGUUGUUCCAUAACGACUUCAAAUCUAAACUAGACAACUUGAAAGCUCAAAGUCCACUUAUGUUACCCAAAUCUUGUGGAUGAUGAACAAAUUUCUUCUUAUCAAACGGUUUCUGGCUCU